AUGGUGUUUUAUUCCGAGUCAGUUAUGUGGCUCCGGACUUUGUGUUUUGUUUUCACGGUCUGCUUUGUGAUGAGCUGUCAUCGAGCAAGUGGAGAGGUUUGUCCGAGCAAGGACAUCCGCAACAAUGUGACCAACCUACGAACGCUAGAGAACUGCACUGUGAUCGAAGGCCACCUGAAGAUCUUACUCAUGUUCAGGACCAAGCCUGAGGAUUUCCGGGGCAUCAGUUUCCCCAAACUGACGGUGGUCACCGACUACCUGUUGCUCUUCAGAGUUUACGGCAUGGAGACCCUAAGCGAUCUCUUCCCCAACCUUACGGUCAUCAGAGGCAACAACUUGUUCUUCAACUACGCCCUGGUGAUGUUCGAGAUGCUCCAGCUGCGAGAGAUCGGCCUCCAUAGCUUGAUGAACAUCACCCGGGGAGCAGUGAGGAUUGAGAAGAACCCGGAUCUCUGCUACCUCUCCACUCUGGACUGGUCCAAGAUCCUGGACACAGUGGAGGACAACUACAUCAUGGCUAACAAGAACGACAGAGAGUGCGGAGACGUUUGCCCGGGGGCGGCCAUCGGAAAGACCACCUGCCAGACCACCACCAUCAACGGACACUUCAGUGAACGCUGCUGGACCCAGAACAACUGUCAAAGAAUGUGCCCGAUGCAUUGUAAACAUCGAGCCUGCACCAAGGACGACCUGUGCUGCCACGACCAGUGUCUGGGCGGCUGCCUGAAGCCCCACUCAGCCGAUCACUGCGUGGCCUGCCGCGGCCUCCAGCACGAGGACAAGUGUGUGGACCGCUGCCCCGAAAACCACUUCACUUACAGGGGCUGGCGCUGCGUCUCCUUCGGCUUCUGCCAAGACCUCCACAACAGAUGCAAGCGCGAGAAGGAGCGCAGCAAGAGCGCCGACUGCCACGAGUACGUCAUCCACAACGGGGCCUGCAUCCACGAGUGUCCCUCCGGCUACACCACCGUCAACUCCUCCUCGCUGAACUGCACUCCCUGUGCAGGGCUCUGUCCGAAGGUGUGUAUGGGUCUGAAGACGGUCGACUCUGUGACGGCGGCCCAGGCUCUGAGAGGCUGCACGGUCCUCAACGGGAGCCUCGUCAUCAACCUGCGUGGAGGAAACAACAUCGCAGCUGAACUGGAGGCCAGCCUGGGCCAGCUGGAGGAGAUCACUGGAUACCUGACAGUGAGACGUUCCUACGCCCUCGUAUCCCUCUCGUUUUUCCGCAAACUCCGUGUUAUUCGUGGGGAGGAACAGGAAAUCGGAAAUUACUCGUUCUAUGCCCUGGAUAACCAGAACCUGCGGCAGCUCUGGGAUUGGUCCAAACACAAGCUGACCAUCCUUCAGGGACGCAUGUUUUUCCACUACAACUCCAAACUCUGCAUGUCGGAGAUCCGCAAGAUGGAGGAGGUGUCGGGGACCAAAGACCGGCAAAUCAAGAACGACAUCGCCUCCAAGACCAACGGAGACCAGGCCUCAUGUGAGAACCAUGUGUUGAGGUUUACCCAGAUCCGAACCAUGAGCGAUAAGAUAAUGGUCAAGUGGGAGCCCUUCUGGCCUCCAGAUUUCAGAGACCUGCUGGGCUUUAUGGUGCUCUACAAAGAAGCAACUUUUCAGAACGUAACUGAGUUUGACGGGCAGGACGCCUGCGGCUCCAACAGCUGGGUGAUUGCUGACGUUGACCCUCCGCGCCGGGCCACAGAGGGGGACAAGGAGCAGUUUGAGCCAGGUCAUCUCAUCCUGCCUCUGAAGCCGUGGACGCAGUACGCCAUCAUGGUGAAAACGCAGCUCUCAGCCUCUGACGAGCACCAGGUCCACGGAGCCAAGAGCGAGAUCAUAUAUGUCCGCACCAACGCCACCAAACCCUCUGUCCCGCUGGACCCCAUUUCCUCGUCCAACUCGUCCUCCCAGAUCAUCCUCAAGUGGAAACCUCCCAACGACCCCAACGGUAACAUCACCCACUACCUGGUCUUCUGUCAGCGGCAGCCGGAAGCCAUCGAGCUCUACAAGUUCGACUACUGUCAGAAGGGGAUGAAGGUGCCGUCUCGAGUGCCCACUCAGGUGGACAGUGACGAGGAGCAGAAGUGGAACCAGACGGAGGAUCAGGGCCAGGGGACGCGAUGCUGCGGCUGCCCCAAGACCGACAAGGAGCUGAAGAAGGAGAAAGAGGACUCGGAGUACCGCAAGACCUUUGAGAAUUACCUCCACAAUGAAGUCUUUGAGCUCAAAGGCUCCAGACAGCGGCGGUCUGCGAUGGGCAUCGCCAACCGAACCCUCCCCUUCCUCACCACCGCCCCCAGCCCGCCCCACGGCACAGGCACCCCCGAGGACGGGGAACCGUUGGAAAGCAUAAAGACGGUCGUCACCGUCCACGCCAAGGAGUCCACUGUCAUCUCCCACCUGCGCCACUUCACAAGCUACCAGAUCGAAGUUCACGCCUGCAACCACCCGACCGACCCGGCCCGCUGCAGCAUGGCGGCGUACGUCAGCGCCCGCACCAUGCCUGAAGACAAAGCCGAUAACGUCUUGAGUCCCAUCAACUUCGACGUGACAGAAAAUGCUGUGCACAUCACAUGGCAGGAACCAAAUUCUCCCAAUGGCAUGAUCAUCCUGUACGAGGUCAACUACAAGAGACUGGGAGAUACUGAGGAGCUGCACUACUGCGUGUCCAGGAGCAUGUUCAGAGAGACCCACGGCUGCAGGCUGAAAGUGAUGCAUCCUGGGAACUACACAGUAAGGAUCCGGGCCACGUCUCUGGCCGGUAACGGAUCCUGGACCAACCCCACGCACUUCUACGUACAGGACGCAAGCGAUCCUCUCUACGCGUUGAAGAUCAUCAUCGGACCGAUCAUCUGCUUUGUGCUGCUGCUGUUCGUGGCCGGCGCAGGAUUUGUGAUGUUCAAGAAGAGUCAAACUCAAGGACCUAGUGGUCCAAUCUACGCCUCUUCUAACCCAGAGUACCUCAGCGCUGCUGACGUGUACGAGGAGGACGAGUGGGAGGUGCCCAGGGACAAGAUCAACAUUUUGAGGGAGCUGGGGCAGGGCUCGUUCGGCAUGGUGUACGAGGGAAUCGCCAAGGACAUCAUCAAGGGCGAGGGGGACUCACACGUGGCAGUGAAGACGGUGAACGAGUCGGCUAGCCUGCGGGAGAGAAUCGAGUUCCUGAACGAGGCCUCGGUCAUGAAGGCGUUCAGCUGCCACCAUGUGGUGCGUCUGCUGGGUGUUGUGUCCAAAGGGCAGCCCACCCUGGUGGUGAUGGAGCUGAUGACGCACGGAGACCUGAAGAGCUUCCUGCGCUCUCUGCGACCCGACGCUGAGAACAACCCCGGGCGCCCGCCUCCCUCUCUGAAGGAGAUGAUCCAAAUGGCCGCUGAGAUCGCAGACGGCAUGGCGUACCUUAACGCCAAGAAGUUUGUCCACAGAGACCUGGCAGCCAGAAACUGCAUGGUGGGAACCGACCUCACCGUCAAAAUAGGAGACUUUGGCAUGACGAGAGACAUCUACGAGACGGACUACUACAGGAAGGGAGGCAAGGGGCUGCUGCCCGUCAGGUGGAUGGCUCCGGAGUCUCUGAAGGACGGAGUCUUCACCGCAAAUUCAGACUGCUGGUCGUUUGGAGUAGUGCUGUGGGAGAUCAGCACGCUGGCCGAGCAGCCGUACCAGGGCCUGUCCAACGAGCAGGUCCUCAAGUUCGUCAUGGACGGAGGAUACCUGGACCGGCCGGACAACUGCGCCGACAGAAUACACAACCUGAUGCAGAUGUCUUGGCAGUACAACCCCAAGAUGCGUCCCGCCUUCCAGGAGAUCAUCGAGAUGCUGCGCGAGGACCUGCAUCCUUCCUUCCAGGAAAUGUCCUUCUUCUACAGCGAGGAGAACAAGCCGCCUGAGAGCGAAGACUUUGACCUGGACAUGGAGAACAUGGAGAGCAUCCCGCUGGACCCGUCGUCCUACUCCCAGAGGGAGCAGUGCUCGGACAGGGACGAGGCCUCCUCCAUGGGCCUGAGGGGCAGCUACGAGGAGCACCACAUCCCCUUCACACACAUGAACGGGGGAAAGAACAACGGACGAAUACUGGCCCUGCCGCGGUCCAGCCCCUCAUAACAUACUGUACACAUCCCGUGCAAACACAUCAUUGCUAUAGAUUUGAAUAUAUUUUUGUUUUUUGUUGUCAUUUUAUAUAUAGCACACUUUUAUCACACUCUACAGGAGCCCCACAGUGCAUAUCUCAGGACCUUAUUUUUCUCCUCCAAUGCCACAAAACACACACUACAGCAAGUCCGCACACGGAUGCCAGAAGACACUUUUUGUAUUUAAGGACGGACCCUCCCGCGUCCCUCUCGUUCAUGAUUGUAGUUUAUAUACUGUAUAUAUAUAUAUAUAUAUAUAUAUAUAUAUAUAUAUAUAUAUAUAUUGCCAAGUUUGUGCUAGAAUGGGUGGAUUAACGAUUCAACUGUGAAACAAACUCUUGACAAACAAGAAGGCUGCUAAACCCCUCCCGAGUCCAGACUGUUUCCCCCUCCCCUUAAUUCAGCAAGAAGCUUCAUCCCCGGGUUGCUACGUAUUUUGAAAAAAAGUGCCCUUCUAUUUUGUCUGUGGCCUAAAUCAGUUGUCAUGGAACUGUGUCUGAGUCUUUGUACACAAGCGGAUGACGAACUAUGAUUGAAAGACUUUGGGAACGCUGUUGGAUGGUCAGAUUCGGUCCAUCGUCGAACAAACUCUUAUCCACUGGAGAAGCUGGUUGAAGUGGCCUACCUCCUCACACUCUGCAGUAUUCCAAAAUGGCACACAGGAUAAACACAGGACUUUUGUUGGGUUAUAUUUUUUAAUUUUUAUUUACGUCUCUUUCUUUUCCUUAUUUUUUUUUGAGUUCACAUUUACAGCUGAAGGAUAUUUAAACUGUUUUCAAAAACAUGUUGGUGAACGAGUUCCUCAGAUUGACCAAUAGCUGCUUCUUUGGUAUAUUUUAGUGGGUAUAGAAGAUAAAAAAUAUAUAUAUAAAUAUAUAUAUAUAUGAAUAUAUUGUUGAUGUUUUUGUACAUAGCUGAUAUGUUGUCCUUCUUGAGGUAUUUACGAUCAUAGAAAAUGUUUUUACAUGUUAGUCUCUGUUUAUUUUUUCUAAUCCAGAAAAUCCUACUAAUUUGCUUUUUUUUGGACUCAUGAUCAACCAACAGCACUUGGUCUUUUUGCUACGCGAUGCCUGGGAGUAAAGAGUGUUUGGCGUCUUCAGCUUAAGAUGUCUGCCCGUCAUAUCAAGAUCAAAUAAAAUAGUGCUGUAAAUAAAGCAGCGAGGUGCAUUCGUGAAGAGGCUCCUUCAGUUUUUUCUGA